CCUGAUGGUCCCCUGUGACCCCCCUGGAAGUAAUAUAUGGGACGGUCAACAUCAUGGCGGCGCUAGUGCUUGGAAGGCAUCUUGGGAGACAUAUUGCUAGAACUGGUGGAGGGGCCAGUAGUAAGCUAUGGCCAGUUGGACUUAAAUCAAGGCCUGUUACACCAAUGCUAGCAGCUUUAGCCAGCAAUACAACUGCAGCAGAUAGAAAGAUGAGGCCAGGUGAAGACUUCUGGAAGAAAAACGAGAGAAUGGAUCGACCAGUGUCACCUCAUGUCCUCAUAUACAAAUUCGAACUACCUGGCCUUCUCUCAGGGUCACAUAGAGUAUCUGGUGUUAUCUAUUCUAUUUUGACAACUGGAAUUGCAGGCUUUGCAUUGGUGGCACCUGAGCAUGCCCCUUAUUACCUUGACAUCAUCAAGUCAUGGAAUAUACCUACACCUAUCUUAUUCACCCUAAAAGGACUUCUUGUUUGGCCAUUCAUUUACCAUUCAUGUAAUGGUAUCAGGCAUUUGUUCUGGGACGCUGCUAAAGGCUUCAACAUGCCAACACUGUACAAGACAGGGUAUUCUGUCCUUGCAGUGUCCACUCUCCUCGCUGCUGCUACUGCCUACUACUUCACGUAUGCAUGAGACAUUCAUAAAUGGACUUCAUACCAAACUUUUAGAGUGUGCUUAAUUUUGCUGCUUUAUAUUUUCAAACUGUUGUGUUUGUGGAUAAUUUAACUCUAUAUUGAUGCAUAUUGAAUUUUGAUAUUUGUUUAUAAUUUGAACUAGAGGCCAA